AUGGCGCUCCUCCUCAGGCCCUCGGCUCCCCCGCCGCACCUCCGCCUCCUCCUCCGCCGCCUCCUCUCCACCGCUCCCGCCCCCCCACGCCUGCUCCCGGGCCCCUCCCCCUCCGCCCGACUCCUCUUCAGACCCAGGGUUGUGGCGGCGGCGGCGGCGGUUCCGCAGCGGAAUGGGGUCGCGGCGAGGGCUCUCAUGUCCUCCACGGCGGCGUCCGAUGCGAUGCAGGAAAAGCGGGUCGCCGGGGAGUACACCGCGGCGAACGUCCAGGUCUUAGAAGCAUUAGAUGGAGUUCGCAAAAGGCCUGGCAUGUACAUAGGCAGCACAGGGCCACGUGGACUGCAUCAUCUGGUUUAUGAAAUAUUGGAUAAUGCUGUGGAUGAAGCUCAAGCAGGCUAUGCUACCGAGAUUAACGUUGUCCUUCAUGAAGAUAAUUCAGUUAGUAUAACAGAUAAUGGCCGUGGGAUCCCUACAGAUAUACACCCCCAGACGAAGAAAUCAUGUGUGGAGACUGUCUUAACGUUAAUGCAUGCUGGUGGAAAAUUUGGAGGCUCAACGAGUAGCUACAGUGUUGCUGGAGGGCUGCAUGGUGUUGGCCUAUCAGUUGUUAAUGCUUUAUCAGAGGCACUAGAAGUUACUGUGUGCCGUGAUGGAAAUGAAUACCGGCAAAGCUAUUCUCGUGGAAAACCACUGACAUCGCUAAGUAGUACCAGACUGCCUGAUGAAUCAAGUUCUCGUCAGGGCUCAUGCAUCAGGUUUUGGCCUGACAAAGAAAUAUUUACCACAACAAUUGAAUUUGACUUCAAUACAAUCUCUAGUCGCAUCCGGGAACUUGCAUUUUUAAAUCCUGAGCUAAGGAUAACAUUGACAAAGGAAGAAGAUGAUGCACAGGUUCAACACAAUGAAUACUGCUACGCUGGUGGCCUGGUUGAGUAUGUUGCCUGGUUGAACACUGACAAGAAACCCCUUCAUGAUCCAAUAGCAUUCAGGAAGGAGUUGGAUGGUAUAAUUGUUGAUGUCUCCCUUCAGUGGUGCUCUGAUUCCUACUCCGAUACAGUGCUAGGAUAUGCCAACAGUAUCCGUACUAUUGACGGUGGUACUCAUAUCGAGGGGCUGAAAACUUCCUUGACAAGAACAAUUAAUAACCUUGCGAAGAAGUCAAAGACUAUUAAGGAUAAAGAUAUUAGCUUGAGUGGGGAGCAUGUAAGAGAAGGAAUGACAUGCAUUAUUUCAGUGAAAGUCCCUAACCCAGAGUUUGAAGGGCAGACAAAGACUAGGCUGGGAAAUCCAGAAGUACGAAAAAUAGUUGAACAAUCUGUUCAAGAAAAUCUAACUGAAUACCUGGAGUUACAUCCAGAUGUUUUAGAUUCAAUUCUGUCGAAGUCCCUUAAUGCUCUCAAGGCUGCAUUGGCAGCUAAGCGGGCUAGAGAGUUGGUGAGGACCAAGAGUGUCUUGAAAUCUUCUUCACUUCCUGGGAAACUAGCUGACUGUGCAUCUUCUGAUCCUGCAGAAUCCGAAAUCUUCAUAGUUGAAGGUGAUUCGGCUGGAGGUAGUGCAAAACAAGGCCGGGAUAGGAAAUUUCAGGCUAUUUUGCCUCUGAGAGGAAAAAUUCUCAACAUUGAGAGGAGGGAUGAAGCAGCCAUGUACAAAAAUGAAGAGAUUCAAAAUCUUAUUCUUGGUCUUGGAUUAGGAGUGAAGGGUGAGGAUUUUAAGAAGGAAGCUCUUCGGUAUCAUAAGAUAGUUAUACUGACAGAUGCUGAUGUAGAUGGUGCACAUAUCCGGACUCUUCUCCUCACGUUCUUCUUUAGAUAUCAGAGAGCACUAUUCGAUGAAGGCUGCAUCUAUGUUGGCGUGCCUCCUCUUUAUAAGGUUGAGCGUGGGAAACAAGUGCACUACUGCUAUGACGAGGCUGACCUAAAAGAGCUAGUUAACACCUUUCCAACAAAUGCUUCUUAUAAUACCCAAAGGUUCAAAGGUUUGGGUGAGAUGAUGCCUCUACAAUUAUGGGAAACAACAAUGGAUCCUGAAAGGAGGCUGUUGAAACAGCUCACGGUCGAUGAUGCUGCGGAGGCCAAUAUUGUGUUCUCAUCUCUUAUGGGUUCUCGGGUUGAGUACAGGAAGGAACUGAUCCAGAAGGCUGCAAGUAUGGUCAACCUAGAGCACCUUGACAUCUGAGAGCGUUAAACAAGGUUGACCAUUUGUAUGAUAUAGAAGAUCACAACUUGUCACCCAUUCGACAUAGAUCAGGCUUAGUGAACUUCAGUUCCAUGCUGAAACUGUCU